CUUCUGGAAGUGAAGUAGGUAAGACCAAAGCUAAGAGCCCCCUUUUAAUCAAAACCCAGAAAACUCACUUCUCCUGAUAUUCUGAUCGUCCGGCAACAGUAGUUUCGAUCGAAGUACAGAAACCAUGGCUUGGAUGACACGAUUCUUAGCUGCUGUAGCGUUCUUGGCAAUUGGAGUACUCUUUUCUCCAGAAACUUUUGGAUCAACAUCAGAGGGUCAACAUCCUCCAAAGCUCGUAACUCUACUGAAAUUGGCUCAUCUUCUCUGCUUCUCCACUGCAUUUGGCGCUGCUCUUUGGGUCACUUUCAUCGGUGGUAUCAUCAUGUUCAAGAAUUUACCAAGGCAUCAGUUUGGGAAUCUGCAGAGUAAAAUGUUUCCAGCCUACUUUUCCAUGGUGGGGGUGUGUUGUGCUGUUUCCGUGGGUUCUUUUGGGUACUUGCAUCCUUGGAAGGCUGCGUCUGCAGCUGAGAAGUACCAACUUGGGUUCAUUCUUGCUGCGUUUGCUUUCAACCUCAGCAAUCUCUUUGUCUUUACCCCUAUGACCAUUCAGAUGAUGAAGCAAAGGCAUAAGAUAGAAAGAGAGGCCAACAUCGGGGAAGAAGUCGGAUGGACUAAGAACCAGGAAGUUGCAAAGGCUAAUCCAAAGCUUGCAGCAAUGAACAAGAAAUUUGGGAUGAUUCAUGGACUAUCUUCCCUUGCUAACAUUUUCUCCUUCGGUUGCCUCGCCAUGCAUUCCUGGUAUUUGGCGGGAAAACUGAAUCUGUAGUGUUUAGGUAAGCCUGCUGUUAGAGACACCAAAAUUUCUUAAAGAUUUAUAUGGCAGCUAUUUUGAACCAUUACUCCAGUGGCUUCUGCAUUGCGUUAAAUAUAACUUGACACCAAACUGGGAAUAAAGAUAUACAGGUUAUAAGCUUGAAAUCUUCGUCCUAGUUAGAGCAAAUUGAUUUGCAUUUCAAGUAAAUGUAAAUGUGUCAGAAAUGGCUUUAGUAGUAAUGUAUAAGCUUUUAGUAGAA